ACUCUGAUUGGUAGUUGGUACCACAGACACAGACCAUUGGUACAUUUAGGAUUUAGGGUUAGGUGUAGGACGUUGUGUUAAGUCCAAGAGUUAAGGUUAUAUACAUUUUUAACUAUUUGCAAUAUAUUCAUCAUGUUGCUAGGACGUAUCCGAUCUACAUGUAAAAAAUCAAUUUUAUCCAAAAAAACCUUGGGACUGUUCGCCAAAAAUAAUUAUGCUAGUGAAGCUACUUUCGAAACUAAGCCUUACCGAUUACAUAAACUUGAAGAAGCCCCUUCCACCAGUGUAACUUUGACAAAAGAAGAUGCCAUCAAAUUUUACACUCAGUUAAAUAUCAUUCGCCGAAUGGAAACUGCAGCUGGUAAUUUAUACAAAGACAAAAUUAUCAGGGGAUUUUGCCACCUUUAUUCUGGGCAGGAGGCAGUAGCGGUUGGCAUAAAAGCUGCUCUACGUCCUCACGAUAGCGUUAUAACUGCAUACCGAGCUCACGGAUGGACCUACCUUAUGGGUGUUUCACCUUUAGGAGUACUGGCCGAAUUAUGUGGCCGACAAAGUGGUUGUGCAAGAGGAAAAGGGGGUUCCAUGCACAUGUACGGUGAUAAUUUUUAUGGGGGAAAUGGUAUCGUAGGAGCUCAGGUUCCUUUAGGCGUGGGCAUUGGCCUAGCUGCCAAGUACAAAGGCACAGAUGGAGUAUGUGUAGCUCUGUAUGGAGACGGGGCCGCCAACCAGGGCCAAGUUUUUGAAGCUUAUAACAUGGCCAAGCUGUGGGACAUUCCCUGCAUUUUCGUGUGUGAGAACAACGGAUACGGUAUGGGGACAAGUGCCGAUAGGGCUGCUGCUAGCACUAACUUCUAUUCGAGGGGAGACUACGUUCCCGGAAUCUGGGUAGAUGGAAUGGAUGUUUUGGCCGUUAGGGAAUGUUUCAGAUAUGCCGUGAACUAUUGCAGCACUGGAAAAGGGCCACUGGUUAUUGAAGCUGCUACCUAUAGAUAUUCGGGACAUUCCAUGUCUGAUCCAGGCACCAGUUACAGAACGAGAGAUGAGAUUCAAGAGGUUCGACAAACUAGAGAUCCUAUUACGUCUUUCAAAGAAAAAAUUAUCGCCUCCAACUUAGCAACUCCGGAAGAAAUAAAGAAAAUUGAUGGUGAAAUAAGGGCAUCGAUCGACGAGGCCACUAAGAAAUCCGUAUCUGAUAAAGAAAUUGGAAUGGACGAACUGCCUGCUGAUAUUUAUGCUAACAAUUUAGAGGGCAAUAUACGAAACGUGGACGUAUUUACUCCUCUAACACAUAAAAGGAUCGGUGCAGCAGUCAACUUGAGCUAGUCAAGUACAUUAAGAUUAUAACAGGAAUUUGAAAACAUUUGUAAUGGUUGAAAUGAGGAAUGUUGACUUUGUCAUGUUGUCAUACGCAGGAUAUAUUUUUAUAGACAAAGUUGUUUUGCAGUUUUUUUCUAUAAUUUUUCUAUUGUUUUUUGUUGCAUCAUUUAAAUGAGAAAUUUAUUUAUUCUCUCCAAUGUGUAUGAUGAUGAAUGAUAUUGUCAAUUGACAGUAUUAGUGUGUACAUAGGCAAGUAAAUGAAUGUAACAUAUUCAAAUAUGUUUGCUUUCAAAUUUAAUUCUAUGCUCAAUAUAGAUCCUAUUUGUUUUUAA